AAUUAGUCGGCCAGAUUUUCAGAUGGACUAAGCUUUUGUUUUUAAUUAAAAAUAUAUGCAAAACAUAAAUUGAAUUGCCGUUGAUUCGAAGGAGUGUCUUUGUGAUGAAAUGUGAACAAGACUGAGCGAAACUCGUUUAUCACACUCAGCAAUAUAAUUUUCAUUAGAAUGCAAUACAAUAUAACUACUUGGCCAUACUUUUUUUCUCCAUGGGAUCUUUUAAUGGGUUGUGGAAAACUGUCGUCAGGAAAAUCAGAUUCAGUUCUAUGCGGUGUUUCCAAAGUCGCUGGAAUUGCAUCCGCCUACAUUCUCCCAUUUAUAACUAUCAUGAAUCUUGCUGCAAAUAUAAUGACAAGUAUUAUCUUUUUGUAUGCACAUAAAUCCAGUACACGGCAGACAGUUUAUCUUGGAUUUUUUGCUAUAGUUGAUUUAUUUUACUGUUUUAUUCUAGCCAUAUUGUAUUAUAUACCAUCAAGAGGUAUUCCAUAUGCUUCGAAUGCUAGAUUUUAUUUUUUUAUUGACUAUCAGUCAGCAUUCUCUUGUGUUGCAUUCAAGUAUGUCUUUUCUUUUGUCUGUACAUUUAGAAGUAAUAUGUUAGUAGUAACUAUGCUUGAUAAAUAUCUUUCUAUUCAAGUGCCAAUUAAAUACGGUAAACUGCCGACUAGAUAUGCUUGGAGAUUUAUACUGAUCACUGUUCUGGUUACCUUUAUAAUGAUUCUACCAGCCUAUACACAAUUCUACCUAGUCGACUUCAACGGGAAAUAUGCCUGUUGGUUAAAAUCGAUGACUUUGAACUGGACAAUAUAUUAUGGUUUAGUAUCAGAAUUUUGUCCUAUACAAAUACUUAUUAAUAGUAUACUCAGUGUAAUGUUAAUUAUCAAAGUGUAUUUAUGGCUUCAAAGACGACGUCAUAUGAUUCUUGAGGUGACAAAUGAAAACUCUAAAGAACUCUCUGCAUGUAUUCUUAUCUUAUUUGUUGCAUCACUGAAUAUAGUCUCAUCAUUACCUGGAGUUGUUUCCUACUUUCUAAGUGCAUUCAGUGUUUUUGCAGAAGAUGUAGUGACUAUACUGUAUAAUUUAUUUACAGCUUUAGCAUUAAGAGAUAUUUUUUGGUGUUUAAUGCCAUUACAAGCUGUAUUCAAUACAAUUGUAUAUCUGUGUCGAUUGAAGUACUAUCGACACUUAUUCAUUAGCAUUUUGAAGUAUAAAAAUAUUCGUGCUGUCACAUCAGAUACAUCUGAAUAGGCUAUACAUUUGCUUCAUACUGAAUGAAUGGUAUGCCAUAUCCACUGGACUACGGCUGAUAAGCCGUCUGAAAAGAUAAACAUUUAUUCAUAAAAAUUUACUGUUAUAAAGUUUUUUAAUAAUAUAUCAAUGUUAAAAAUUACUGUUUUCAUUUCUAAGAUUUUACUCUGUGUAAUUACUAUAUCUUUAUGUGCAGUAUUCUCUGUUAUGCUAAUGGUCCCAUGAAAAAUGUCAUCAAAUGAGCAGAGGUAACCGCAUAAAGCGUAUUAAUUCUUUUUUUUAUAAAAUUUUGCCAACUUUUACCAUUAUGUGUAUUUACUAAUUAUUCAGUCUGUAUACCCUUAUUUUUCAAUGUUUUGAUAAUCUUUUUUAAUCCCUUCACCCUCAUAGUGGAACAUGG